AUGGGUUUCUGGCCUCAUGCUAUACCGUUAGAUUAUGAGAAUAUACCGUUAGAUUAUGAGAAGUUAAUCGAAGAGGAGGUGUCUGAUGAAGAUGAAGAUUAUGAUGAUGCGAUGUCUAGUGAAGAUCAGGAAAGUGAUGAGGAGAUGCUUGAUGAAAUUCCCCAACCAGCAAAAGCCGUUGUUAGUAUAGUGGAAAAUCAGGAUCCUGAAGCUUCGAAAUUUAGCUUGAAGUUUGAGAAUUUCUCGAACCCUAAAGAAGAACACUACUCUGAGGUGUUCACUGUUGGGGAUUCUAAAUGGCAUGUGAUGAUAUUUCCCAAGGGAAACAACGUAGAUUACUUAUCGAUGUUCCUUGCUGUUGCGGACCUGGAUGAUUUGCCAUUUGGGUGGACUAGGUGUGCACAGUUCAGUUUGUCAGUCGUCAAUCAAAUCAAUAGCGAGGACACGGUGAGAAAAGAUACACAACCACAUAAAUUUACUAAACAAUCAAGCGAUUGGGGUCAUAAAAAGUUCAUGCCUCUUGGUGAACUCAACGACCCUGAUAGAGGUUAUAUCGUAGAUGAUACUUGUAUUAUUGAAGCAGAGGUUAAGAUCAUGCCUGACGAUUGGACAUAUGAUUCUAGAAAAGAAACGGGUUAUGUUGGUCUUAAGAAUCAAGGAGCAACAUGUUAUAUGAACUCUCUUCUCCAGACUCUAUAUCAUAUUCCUUAUUUCAGGAAGGCGGUGUACCAUAUGCCAACAACUGAGAAUGAUUUGGCAUCAGGCAGCAGCAUCCCUUUGGCUCUGCAGACUUUGUUUUAUAAGCUUCAAUACGAGAAAGAUAGCGUCGGAACGAAGGAGCUCACUAAAUCUUUCGGGUGGAAUACGCACGAGUCUUUCAUGCAACAUGAUGUGCAGGAGCUUAAUAGGGUUCUGUGUGAAAAGCUAGAAAAUAAAAUGAAAGGAACUGCUGUGGAAGGUACGAUUCAACACUUGUUUGAAGGUCACCAUAUGAACUAUAUUGAAUGCAUUAAUGUGGACUAUAAAUCUACUAGAAAGGAGUCCUUUUAUGACAUUCAACUUGAUGUCAAAGGCUGUCAAGAUGUUUAUGCUUCUUUCGACAAGUAUGUGGAAGUGGAGCGUCUUGAAGGUGACAACAAGUAUCAAGCUGGUCAAGAGCAUGGUUUACAAGAUGCAAAGAAGGGUGUCCUUUUUAUUGACUUCCCACCUAUUCUCCAACUCCAGCUGAAACGGUAUGAGUAUGAUGUUAUGCGGGACACUAUGGUAAAGAUAAAUGAUCGCUAUGAAUUCCCCCUGCAACUUGAUCUUGACAGGGAGGAUGGCAAAUACUUAUCACCAGAUUCUGAUAAGAGUGUUCGCAAUCUCUACACACUUCAGGCUGUUUUGGUUCACAGUGGCGGGGGAGAUGGGGGACACUACUAUGCUUUUAUUAGACCAACAGUCUCAGAGCAAUGGUUCAAAUUCAAUGAUGAGCUGGUAACAAAAGAAGAUAUCAAGCGGGUACUUGAGGAGCAAUACGGAGGGGAGGCAAGAUUUUCAAAUGCAUAUAUGCUUGUGUAUAUACGUGAAAGCAAUAGAGAUGAAAUUAUUUGUAACGUGGAGGAGAAGGACAUUGCUGAACAGCUGAGGAUUAGGUUGAAGAAAGAACAAGAAGAAAAGGAGCUCAAGAAGAAGGAAAAAGCAGAGGCUUACCAGUAUACUACUAUAAAGGUUGCUCGAGAUGAGGACCUUUCUCAGCAGAUUGGGAAAGAUGUCUAUUUUGACCUUGUUGAUCACUACAAAGUUCGCAGUUUUCGUAUCCAGAAACAAAUGCCAUUUAAUCUAUUCAAGGAGGAAGUUUUUAAAGAGUUUGGUGUACCAGUGCAAUUUCAGCGGUUUUGGCUAUGUCAUAGUUAUCGUCCAUACCGACCAUUAAUGAUUCAAGAGGAAUCCCAAUCUGUUCGGCAGGUCAUAGAAUUUCCAAAUAAGGUGCCCGGCAAUGGGGGAUGGUGGUACCAAGACUUAAUGCUGUUCUUGGAAGUAGAGAUUGGGCCGGAAUUACAUCCCAUAGCUCCUCCUUGUUAUACACCAAAAGAAGAUAUUAUUCUCUUUUUCAAGCUUUAUGAUGCUGAAAAGGAAGAAAUUCGGUAUGUGGGGAGACUCAUUGUGAAUCGUAAUGGUAUGCCUUUUGAAAUUCUGAAAAAGCUUAAUGAGAUGGCUGGGUUCUCACCAGAUGAGGAAAUAGAACUUUAUGAGGAAUCAAGGUUUGCGCCUAAACACAUAGACAAAAAUCUCACAUUCUGUGCUAGCAAGCUCAUAGAUGGGGACAUUAUUUGCUUCCAGAAACCUGCUUCAGCCGGUAGUAUGACACAAUUCCGCUUUCCUGAUGUUCGUUCUUUUCUGGAAGAGGUUAGUAACCGUCAGGUUGUGCAUUUUCGGUCUUUGGAUAAGCCGAUGGAAGAUGAUUUUUCUUUAGAGCUUUCGAAGGUACUAAAAUAUGAUGAUGUCACGGACAGAGUAGCACGCCAUCUUUGUUUGGAUGACCCAACCAAGAUCAGACUUUUCCGUGAGAACUUUUACUCUCGGCCACAACCUAUUAGGUACCAAGGUUUCCUCCGCUUGUCUCAUAUAUUGAUGAAUCAUUUCAAUCAGCCAACUGAUAUUUUGUAUUACGAAGUCCUGGACAUUCCUUUACCCGAGUUGGAGGGUUUGAAAACUCUAAAUGUUGCAUUCCAUCAUGCAACAAAAGAUGAUAAGGUCGUUCAUAGUAUUAGAUUUCCGGAACAAAGUACAGUUGGUGACUUGCUUAAUGAUCUGAAGACAAAGGUUGAGCUGUCUCAUCCCGAUGCGGAACUUAGAUUGCUGGAAGUUUACGACCACAAGUUUUGGGAGGUUUUUUCGCUUAGUGAGAAGAUCGAGAAAAUUGAUGAAAAAUGGAAGCUACGGGCAGAGGAGAUUCUAGAGGAGGAGAAAAACUUGGGUCCUCUGGAUCGCUUGAUUCAUUUUUAUCACUUCACAAAAGGACAGUACGUGGAACAGAAUUUUGGGGAACCAUUUUUCUUGGUUAUCCAUGAAGGAGAGACUUUAGAUGCAGUCAAAUUGCGCAUUCAGAUGAAAUUGCAGGUUUCUGACGAGGAAUUCGCUAAGUUGAAGUUCAAAUCUCCGUCAUGUCCGGGUCAAUCUGAGUACCUUCAGGACUCAGAUACAGUGUCCAGCCGUUUUCCGAGAAGAUAUGGUCAUGAUUAUGGACCUAGGGAGGAGUACGUUGGCUUGGAGCAUUCUGAUAGUUCCCCAAAAACAUCAUAUGCAGCCAGUAAAAGUCUACAAAUAGCCGGGUAAAUAAAAAGAGUACAUGUCUCUAAUUUUUACUACUAUCUUAAGAUGUAAUUUCAAAUUGCUUAACAGUACGUAGAGUCUCUAGCAUAUACGAUUUCAGUUCUGUCUUUCCGUGUAUUUGACACGUUCAUUCUGUAAAAAUGAUUAGUGUAUACACCUCCACGCACAACAUCCU